AAUCGUAUUGGUAAGCAGACCCUAAAUAUGAUAUUAGUAGCCUGCUGGGGGUUAAAUACUAAACACCCUGACCGGAAUCUAUUAAGCCUAGCUAUAACACUUACCGGCUAAUCCGACUUUUCCUUUAUUCUUCUCACCCGAAUCUUCAAACCCACGUAGCAUUAAUGUGGUGGAGAUCCGCCUCCUUCAUUCUCGACAACCGUCCCCAAAACGACGUCGCACCGCCCUCCAGACCCGACUCCCUUACUCUCUCCCCACCCACCAUGGCCGACGCCGCCACCGCCGCCCUGCAGAGCCCUAACGCCAACUCCGCCUACUACCAGACCCGGGCCGCCCACCACGGCGUCGUCACCAGCGACUGGCUCGCCCAGGCCCAGGCCGCCGCGGGCCGAAACCCCGACGAGCAGGGCUCCGUCGUCGCCGCCGAGGCUGAGCCCAAGCCGGCGGCUUCUGAGUCCGGGAAGCCGUUCAGCGUCAUCGUGGAGUUUAACAACUGGCGGAAGCAGCCUGAUUUGGCUGAGGCCGUGGCGGCGAUUCGGGCCUUGGCGUCUGUUAUUAGAUCCAGCGAGGCCACCACUAUGAUGGAGCUCGAAAUUGAGCUCAAGAAGGCUUCCGAUUCUCUUAAGUCAUGGGAUACGACGUCUAUAUCUUUGACUGCUGGAUGCGACCUGUUUAUGCGGUAUGUUACUCGAACUUCAGCUCUAGAGUAUGAGGAUUUCCACUCAGCCAAGUCUCGUUUGAUUGAACGGGCAGAGAAGUUUGGGGAGAUAUCUACAAAGGCUCGUAGAAUCAUUGCUGUCCUUAGUCAAGACUUUAUAUUUGAUGGUUGUACCAUCUUGGUUCAUGGUUUCUCUAGAGUUGUUCUAGAAGUACUGAAGACUGCGGCACAGAGCAAGAAACUCUUUCGAGUUUUCUGCACAGAGGGAAGACCAGACAGAACAGGAUUACGGUUAUCAAAUGAGCUGGCCAAGCUUGAUGUUCCUGUGAAGCUCCUAAUAGAUUCUGCAGUGGCAUAUACCAUGGAUGAGGUUGACAUGGUGUUUGUUGGGGCAGAUGGAGUGGUUGAAAGUGGAGGUAUUAUAAAUAUGAUGGGAACAUAUCAAAUUGCAUUGGUAGCACAUAGCAUGAACAAACCAGUUUAUGUGGCUGCUGAAAGCUACAAGUUCGCUCGCCUUUAUCCAUUGGACCAGAAAGACAUGGCCCCUGCAUUACGCCCCAUUGAUUUUGGGGUUCCCAUCCCGUCCAAGGUUGAGGUUGAAAGAUCUGCCCGUGAUUAUACGCCUCCUCAAUAUCUCACUUUACUCUUCACAGACUUGGGCGUGCUCACUCCAUCGGUUGUCAGUGAUGAGCUGAUUCAGCUGUACUUGUAACCAUUCAUGAUAUGGAUUUUGGCCUUAAACAUGACUCUUGUUAACCCCUUCACCAAAUUAUGAACGUGUUUAUGUCAAUGGAAGCAUUUUGUUUCGA